AUGAGUACAUAUCAAGUUAUGACAAAUAACUACAACAACGACUAUCAUCUACAAACGCAAACGUUAGUAAUUCCUGAUACUAUGACUGUUGAGGAAGAUAUCCAGCAAAGAAUAGAUCUUGCUAGACAAGAAACCAAACAUCUUUACGCUCAAAUAGACAAAGUUAAAAUGAAAGUACAGGAUGCAGAUUUAUGUCAAAUGGCAAAAAGUGUCAAAUCUUUGAAUUCAGAUGCUCUUAAUUUGAAGCCAACUCUAACGUUAAAAGGUCAUAAUAACAAAAUUGCUGAUUUUAGAUGGAGUCAGGAUUCUAAAAACCUCUUGAGUGCUAGUCAAGAUGGUUUUAUGCUAGUAUGGGAUAGUGAAACUGGUCUAAAGAAAAAUGCUAUCCCAUUAGACUCUCAAUGGGUUUUAUCUUGUGCUAUCUCUCCUUCUGGUAACCUUGUAGCUAGUGCUGGUUUGAAUAACAACUGUACAGUGUAUCGUGUUUCUAAGGAGGCUAGAGUUCAACAAAGUAUUGUAUCGAUCUUUAAAGGUCAUACAUGUUAUAUAUCAGAUGUUGAGUUUCUGGAUAAUUCAAAGAUAGUAACAGCUAGUGGAGAUAUGACAUGUGCAUUAUGGGAUAUCCCAAAGGCCAAGAGAGUAAGAGAAUAUGCGGACCAUUUAGGUGAUGUUCUAUCGAUUUCACUACCACCAGCACAUACAGAGAACAGUGCAAAUUUAUUUGCCAGUAGUGGUUCAGAUGGGUAUACUUAUAUUUGGGAUGUUAGAAGUGCAGCUUCAGUACAAAGUUUCUUCGUCAGUAACAGUGACGUCAACACAGUAAAAUUCUUCAAGGAUGGUAAUUCCAUAGUAACAGGUAGUGAUGAUGGUACAUUGAGAAUGUUUGAUUUACGUGCAGACUGCCCAAUUGCAACAUAUAGUUUGAACAAGACUAUGACCAAUGAAUCACAAACUUAUUCAUCUACUACUACAGAAUAUGGACAAAAAUCACCAACUUCACCAUCAGUAGCAACAUUAAAUUCUAGUUAUCUGGAUAACCAAGGUGUCAUGUCAUUAGAUUUCAGUGCAUCUGGAAGAUUAAUGUUUGCAUGUUAUACAGAUAUUGGUGUAUUGGUUUGGGAUAUACUUAAGGCUGAAAUCGUAGGGAAAUUGGAAGGGCACUCAAAUAGAGUUUCAAAUAUUAGAACCAGUCCUGACGGAUUAGCGGUCUGUACUGGGUCAUGGGAUUCGACAAUGAAAGUUUGGUCCCCAAAUUACGUUUAA